GUUUACUAAGGGACUUAGUGGUACAAUAAUUCACUCAGAUGUAUUCAAGUUGGGUAUGAAGAAUAUCUAUGCUUUAACUUGAGGGGGAGUAUAGAAUAUUAUAAUAUUUAACCAAGGGAAUUCUUGUAAUUAGUGCAGAUUAUGAAUUAAUAUACAUGUGGGUAAUGAGGGGAGAGAUGUGUUAACUCUCAUUCUCUUUGACCCUAUUUUCUAUUAUCUUUCUUCUGUUUCCUCUUUUCUUGCCUCUUCUCCAUUCUAAACUUUAAAACCUAGGAUCUUGUGAUUUCAACUGACCACUUGUUUCCAUGUAAUGUUUUUCCCUAUUGUAAUUUUUUACUUAUUUGCUUGUUCUUAAAGUGAUUCUAUCACACCGCAAUUAUUUGUUUUCUAAAUCCUAGAGAACUGCAGGAAACAUUGCAUAAACACAAUUUAGAUAGUAUGUCACAUGCCGACACGUGUGAUGUUUUGGAGGCUGCAUCCUACGGGUCUGAUGCCAAGGAGAUCACACAAGAAGAAAAACCAAGUACUUCCAAAGAAAACCUCUACAGGAACUGGCCCUUGAUGUCUUCCAUCAUAGUGUAUUGUGUUUUUUCACUUCAUGAUAUGGCUUACACAGAGAUAUUCUCUCUUUGGGCUGAGAGCCCCAGAAAAUUAGGGGGCUUGAGCUAUUCAACUGAUGAUGUUGGUGAAGUUCUUGCAAUCUCAGGUUUUGGCCUUUUGGUCUUUCAACUUUUUUUGUAUCCAUUUGUGGAGAGGUUUCUUGGCCCAAUCAUGGUUUCUCGUGCGGCAGGAGUGUUGACCAUACCAUUGUUGACAAGUUACCAUUAUAUAGCCAUGCUUUCUGGGUUCAGCCUCUCACUGCUGUUGAAUUUUGCAUCUGUGCUGAAGAAUGUUUUAUCUGUGUCCAUUAUAACUGGCAUGUUCAUCCUGCAAAACAACGCUGUGGAUCAACACCAAAGAGGAGCUGCUAAUGGAAUUGCCAUGACUGCAAUGUCACUUUUUAAAGCUGCCGGUCCAGCAGGAGGAGGAGCACUGUAA